AUGGCAACACAACAAGAGUCAGAACCUAAAUUGGAAUUAUCUCCAAAAUCCAGCUUAAAUGGAUUUGAAUGGUGGAGAAGAACAGCUCAAUAUCAAACUGGGUUGGGAUUGACAGAUAAAGAUAAGGCUCAAUAUGAGUUUGAUUUCCAGAACAGAAACAUGGAGGAAAAAUGCCAGCAAUGUGAUGAAUACAAAAAUUGGAUGUUGACAUAUUCCCCAUCGGUCCUAUUUAUGAUGGAUGAAAUCAAAAAAGUUACCAAAAACAAGCAAGCUGUCGUAACAAAACAAAAUAUAACCUGUGAUGUGUGUGAUUUCACAAAGGGUGGGGGUUUUAGUCCAAAUGAAGGAAUUUUAUUAUGUGCCAACUGGAUCAGAAGUAAAUGGCAAUUGGAAGAUAUAUUAACUCAUGAAUUGGUACAUGUUUAUGAUUAUUUGAAGUUUGAUCUUGAUUUGAACAAUUUGAGACACCAUGCCUGUACUGAAAUCAGAGCUUCUAUGCUUAGUGGUGAAUGCAGAAUCUGGCAAGAGAUCAAGAAGACAGGGUUGGGAGAUUUUGGGAAAAAGUUCCAGAGUUGCAUUAAGAGAAGAGCUGUGUUGUCGGUUUCCAGUAAUCCUUUAUGUAAAUCCACAGAAGAAGCCGAAAAAGUCGUGGAUACAGUAUGGAACUCUUGUUUCAACGAUACGAGACCUUUCGAGAGAGUCUAUAAAUAA